AUGGGUUCCAUGUUUCUCACCCACCUGCCUUCCGCUUGGCAUGUCGACCAAGCCAUCCUCGCCGAAGAAACCCACCUCGUCGUGAUCCGCUUCGGCUCCGACGCCAAUCCAGAGUGUAUGACCAUGGACGAACACCUCUUCAAAACCGCACCCUUGGUCAAAAACUUCGCCGUAAUCUACACGGUCGACAACACACAGAUCCCGGACUUCAACGCCAUGUACGAACUCUACGACGCGUGCACGGUCAUGUUUUUCUGGCGCAACAAGCACAUCCAGGUCGACUUUGGCACGGGGAAUAACAACAAGAUCAACUUUGCGCUGGGCGAUAAGCAGGAGCUGGUGGAUAUCCUAGAGGUCGCGUAUAAGGCGGCGAGUAAGGGGAAGGGUGCUGGCGGUUAG